AAUAACAACCGAAAAAAGGAGAUACAGAACUUGGAAGUCCCAAGUAGAGAUUCCAAAUCCCCAACAUCUGCCGCGUUGCGUGACGGCUUGUCGCAACUCCGCCGUGAGCGGCGAGCCAUCUUCUUUAGGUUAGCUUUUCUGAGUAGUGAUAGAUUGGCACGAAAGAAGGAUGAAUCAGAACCCGCAAUCAAGUGAAGGAAGACCUGACGAUGAUACUGCUCUCUCUGAUUUCCUUGCUUCCUUAAUGGAUUACACUCCCACUAUACCCGAUGAAUUGGUGGAACAUUACUUGGCCAAGAGCGGUUUUCAGUGUCCAGACGUUCGAUUGACUAGAUUGGUAGCUGUUGCCACUCAGAAGUUUGUUGCUGAAGUUGCAGGAGAUGCACUUCAGCACUGCAAAGCAAGACAAGCAACAAUUCCAAAAGACAAAAGGGACAAGCAGCAGAAGGAUAAACGUUUAGUUUUGACAAUGGAAGACUUAUCAAAAGCAUUGCGUGAGUAUGGCGUGAAUUUAAGGCAUCAAGAAUAUUUUGCCGAUAGCCCUUCUACUGGAACGGAUCCUGCCACUCGAGAAGAAUGAGUCUUAUCUUUAUUAGAGUUUCAUGUGUAGUAAGUAUUGCUUUAUACCAAUGCUAAAUUGUAUAUUCUAUUUAUUUAUUCAUCUUUUGCUACUUCUCUAGUUUUACGUUCAGUAUGCUGAAAGGAGUGAUUGAGUUAUAAAUAAAAUACAUAGUAUUAAAAUUAUAAGUUAUUGCUUCUCUGCUUUUACGACCCUGUUAUCUGGUAACAAUAAGGUUUCAAUGGUAAUAUAUCGUUACAGCUUGAACACUUAUUAUUUGGCAAUUUUAUUGUGUUGCGAAUUUUA